AGCAAAUAUUAAGUUUCUUCUUUAUCUUAAACUCUUUACAUAACAAUGAUGACCAAACAAGAAAUCUCAGAGGCAGAUUGCUGGUUCGUAAUCGGUGCUCAUCAAGCAGGCGCAACCGAACGAGAGUGCUCUAAUCUAUCUGGCCUUCCAAAAUCUACCACACACAACAUCAUCAAGAAUUUUAAAAAGUUGGGUUCUCCUCAUUCAUCUGUUCUGAGCAUGGCUUCCAUCCUGGAUGCAGGUCCAAAAAAAAGAAAGGCCGCCAAUAUUUCAGGAAAUAGCAGCCCCAAGUCUGAAAAAAUAACUGUACAACAAUCAAGGAAGCGAGGACGACCUCGAAAGUAUACUGAUGAAGGAUUCUCGACAGCUCUUCUUGUUCGAGAUGUGCUACUUAGCUCUCGAUCUGAGCCAGUGACCCAGACUUCACUUGAUACCUUACCUCAGAACUCAUGCCAGCGCCCGGACUCACCUCCGAUGUCUGAUAGUAAUGACAGUAAUCGGGGUCGUGCAAGAAGCCUGGGAAAGGACAGUAUGUUAGGAGAAGAUGAAGCAGAAUGCUUGCCUCCUACACCAAGAUCACUUCCUUUAGAAGACGAGUCAGAUGAGGAUAUGUGCACCACUGAAGAAGGCUGGUCAAUCGAAGAUGAUGAGAAAUUGUUAAACCAUGUACUUGGCCUUCCGAUCUUAAGCAAAUGGAAAGAGGUUGAGCCAGAGUUUGGGGACCGUCAUCGAGCAGACAUGUGUGGUGAAAGAUGGGAUAUUUUAAAGAAGCGACUUUUGAGCGAUGUCUCACGUUUUGUGAAUGAGCUGGAUACAUUGGCUACUAAGAGUUGAGAGGAUCUAUUUUUUUGUCACGAUUAAUGCAUUAGCAGGCUAACGUGAUGCGAGCUAAAGAAGCAAUAUACCACACAUUACAUCCUCAGCAAUAAAACAGUGACAAAUCGAAGCGGUGGUAAAGAAGCGUUUGAUGAAAUGUUAGGAUUAAUUACCCGUAAUUUUAAAAUUUCUGUAAUUUUCUUGGAUUACAAGCAAAUAAUUAUAUAUGUAUAUGCUUGGGAU